UACAGUAUUUUUUUCAAUGGGAAAAUAUGGUCCCAAAUUUGAUGGGGUUAUUACAGCACAAGAAAGGGAAUCAGCAAAUGAAACAACUGGGUUUGUGUUUAAAAAUUGUAACAUAAGUGGAACAGGAGGAAAAACUCAACUUGGAAGGGCUUUGACUGCAUAUGCAAGAGUCAUUAUAGCUGAUUCAUAUAUAUCUGAUGUGGUUAGACCUGAGGGUUGGAGUCCUCGAACCUAUGUUGGUCAUGAAGCAAACAUUACUUUUGUGGAGGAGGGAUGUAGAGGACCUGGAGCAGAUAAAUCAAAGCGUGUACCAUGGAUGAAGAAUUUGAGUGGACCUCAACUUGAGCAAUUCCUAAAUAUCUCUUUUAUUGAUGAAGAAGGGUGGAUAGCCAAAUUGCCAACAACGAUAUAAUUCAUUUGAAUCAACAAAAUAUUUUGCUCUUUAGGUUCGAUAUAUAGUCAUAGCU